AUGGCGACGACCAAACCCACCAAGACCCAUCGGCCUUCCCCCGCGAUCCAAGCCUAUCUGAUCGCCUACAACCUCGCGGCCAUGUCCCUGUGGGCCUACGCCCUCCUUCGUCUCGUCCAGCACCUGCGCGGGGAUGGGAAGGUCGAUGGUGCAGAGUAUGGGCUCAAGGCUUGGUUGGGGUUGCAGAGUCGGUGGGAGAAGGUGGAGAAGAGGAGUAGGGCUGGCUUUGCAGAGUGAGUGAGCAUGGCUGGUCGUCGGGCGAUGAGGCUUGCUGAUGCUGUGCUCGGGCUCCACUUGUAGUUUCGGGGAAGCGGUCAAGUGGAUCCAGACGUUCGCUUUGUUGGAAGUCGCUCAUGCCGCCUUGGGACUCGUGUAAGGUUACAGAAGAAACGCUCUCGAGCAGGAAGGGGGGUUUCACCUCACGCUCAUGCUCUGGAUUGGCUAUCGUUCCAGUCGUUCCGGUUUGGCGACCACGAUCAUGCAGGUCUCUUCGAGGGUCUUCAUGGUCUGGUACGUGUGCAACACUUGGCCCCAGGUAAGUGUUUCGAAACGCACAUGGAGUGGAGUGGAGCCGACUCGUUGCCCCGAACGCUCCCCAAAGCUGAUCCAUCCUCGUGAUCCCCCUCCCCUGAACAACAGGUCGCCGCCUCGCCCUUCUACUGCUCGAUGGUUUUCGCUUGGUCGGUGACGGAGGUGAUCCGUUACGCCCACUACGCCGCCGGCUUGCUCGGCGUCAAGGUCUACGUUCUCGAAUGGCUUCGGUCAGUCGUCUCAAUCUUUCGGAAGCGGUUUGGCCGACAGUAUGACGGAACUAAUUCCAGAGUGCAAGUGCUUGCACAGCUACUCGCUCUUUUACGUGCUCUACCCCCUCGGAGCCGGAUCCGAAGCGACCUUGAUCCUCAAAUCGGCCGGGUAAGAGUAGAGUAGCUCUACCCGACCGACCCAACGAUCGCUGAACCAAUUUGUUCCCCCCCUCUACACCAGUCCCGUCCGCCACCACUUUGGCUACGUCGGCUUCUUCACGACGGUGACGAUCCUCUCCGUUUGGCCUCCUUCGUUGUUGAUGAUGAUGCAACACAUGCGUCGACAGAGGUACAAGCACUUGUUCUCCCAUGAUCAUGUCCGCGCAGGAGCGAAGGCCUCCCAGGCGUCCCACAAGUCGCCGGAUGUGAACAAGGUAGUGGGGGAAGGGGUGCAGAAAGUUGAGCAGGUGACUUCGAGUGCGAGGGACGAUGCUGCGAAGAUGGUCACGAGGAGCCGGAGUAGGCAGAAUUUGAAGGCUUGA